AUGUUUUUUUUUCUCGAUUUACAUCCUUUGAGGCCAGAUUUUACUAACCCUCUUCUCACUGUGCGAGUCGAUAUCACUUUGUUUGUUGCCUCUCGAAAUUCAGCAAGAAUCUAUCUAUCUAUCUAUCUAUCUAUCUAUCUGUAUCAUCUAUCUAUCUAUCUAUCUAUCUAUCUAUCUAUCUAUCUAUCUAUCUAUCUAUCUCAUUCUAUUUUCUCUCUCUCUUUCUCAUAUUCUCUCAGAUCUAUCUAUCUAUCUAUCUAUCUAUCUAUCUAUCUAUCUAUCUAUCUAUCUAUCUCAUUCUAUUUUCUCUCUCUCUUUCUCAUAUUCCUCCUAUCUAUCUAUCUAUCUAUCUAUCUAUCUAUCUAUCUAUCUAUCUAUCUCAUUCUAUUUUCUCUCUAUCUUUCUCAUAUUCCUCCUAUCUAUCUAUCUAUCUAUCUAUCUAUCUAUCUAUCUAUCUAUCUAUCUAUCUAUCUCAUUCUAUUUUCUCUUUUCUAUCUUUCUCAUAUUCCUCCCAUCUAUCUAUCUAUCUAUCUAUCUAUCUAUCUAUCUAUCUAUCUAUCUAUUUGCCUCAUUCUAGUCGUCAUAUUUUUCUGUAGCAUUCUAUUUUUUAUCUCAUUUAUUUGUCUCUCUCUCUCUGUAUUUAUCCCAUUCUAUCUAUCUAUCUAUCUAUCUAUCUAUCUAUCUAUCUAUCUAUCUAUCUAUUUUUUUCCUUUUCUCCAUCUGAUUUACCUUCUUCCUCGCUCUUCUACUUUUCCUAACUUUUCUAAUUCUUUCUUAUUUUCAUCGUUUGCCUUUUUUUUUGUUCUUUUUUUUUCAUUUCUUCCUUUUGAUUUGUUUAUUUCACCAUUUUUGGGAUUCUUUUUCAUUCUCUCCUUCUGUAUUAUUGCUUCCUUUUCUUUCUCUCACCUUUUUUCUUUUUAUCUUUCUUUAUUAUUCUCGAAUAUUUUUUUCUUUUUCUUCUUUUUCUUUCAUUCAUAUUUAUUUCUUCUUCAUUAA